AUGUUCAAGUCCCGCGCCACCGUUUCCCCGUUGUCGGUUCCCUGGACCACGCAGACGGCGUCGUCCAUCUUGAGGAUGACAUCGGGCAUCGCGACGACCACCGUGGCCAGGGACGAUAACGAAGAGGAAUACACGCCGUACGGACAACGACCGGAAACGUACAUAGUGCCCAUCGUGUUCCUGUUGAUACUACUGAUCGGGCUCACCGGAAAUGGUGUGCUAGCGCUCACUAUCCUACGGCACAGCAACAUGAGGAACGUUCCCAAUAUUUACGUCUUCUCGUUAGCGCUUGGAGAUCUACUGGUGAUAGUGACAUGCGUGCCAUUCACGUUCACCGUUUAUAUCCUGGACUCCUGGCCCUUCGGACUUGUUCUGUGCAAAGUGUUCGAGUGCUUCAAGGAUAUCUCGAUCGGGGUCUCGGUCUUCACUUUAACAGCGCUCUCCGCGGACAGAUUCUUCGCCAUUGUGGACCCGAUGAGAAAACUUCACGCCACCGGUACAGGAAGAAAAGCCACGCGAUUCGCGGUGAUCGUCGCCACGUUGAUUUGGCUGUUGGCCAUUACGUGCGCCAUUCCAGCUUCCUUCGCUUACAUCAGAGACUUCAGGGUGAACACGAACGUCAGCUUUCGCGCCUGCUACCCUUAUCCAGAAGAAUUCGGGCCGAAUUACCCUAAAACCAUCCUGGUCUGUCGUUUCUUCAUAUUCUACGCGGUGCCUCUCAGCAUAAUCGCGGUUUUCUACAUCCUGAUGGCCAGACACCUGAUGCGCAGCACCAGAAACAUACCCGGGGAGAUGCAAGGUCAGGCGAGGCAAGUGAAGGCGCGGAAAAAAGUGGCCAAGAUGGUAAUGGCGUUCGUGAUUGUCUUCGCCGUAUGUUUCUUUCCCCAGCAUGUCUUUAUGCUGUGGUUUCAUAUCCAUCCGACCGCGGCGGACGAUUACGACGCGUUCUGGCAUUACUUUCGGAUCGUCGGGUUCUGUAUGGCGUUCACCAACAGCUGCAUCAACCCUAUCGCUUUGUACUGCGUCAGCGGCACAUUCAGAAAGUAUUUCGACAGGUACCUGCUGUGUUGCGUGCCGCGGAAGAUGAGGAGACGACAGCGUCGAUCGUCUGACCUGAGCUCGCGGGUACGGGGUCAAAGUUUCUCGAUGAUGAGCUCCAAGAAGUACACGGGGGACUCCCGUCGAGGUCAGCGUAGCGUCAUGCACAUGUCCAUGUUCGGGAACGACGGUAGGACCAGCCUCCCGAUCAAGGAACAGGAGACGACCAUCAGCUUGACCGGUUGCCCGAACGAGGUCGACGAGGGCCUCAAAUGCGACCAUAACUCGGCGACGGAACAAACGAUCUCGACGGAAAGCGAGGAGGUGAAGGCCGACGAGGAGUUCUGCUCAAAAUGCAACGGAGCCACCGCGGAAGCGGACGAGAACGCGGCCAUGUUCCCCCACAUCCAGGAUCUCUGCCCAGCCGACAGGAAAAGGAUAGCCCAGCUUGUUAAGCAGUUGAUUAAAUGCACGAAAGAAAUGCACGACGCGAAAUCCGAACUGGUGGUCAACGAAUCCGAGAAAGAUGCCAUAAGGAGCCAAUACCAAAAAUCGCUGGAUCGUCGGGAAACAGAAAAAAAGCAAUUAGAAUUUAAAGUAACGUUAUCAUAUCAAUGCAAUACCAUUUAUGAUAAACAAAUUUUGAUCGGUACGCUAACGGAAGCCCGAGCCGAGACGAACGAGCUGAAGACUCGAAUUUCGCGAAUCCUGGAUCUACUGACGCGACAGGUCGCCGCUCAAGAAAAACAAUUUCUCGAGCUUACGGAGAUAGUCAGGGAUUUGGUGCGCGAAAAGUCGCGUCUACAGAACGCUCUUGAACAAAAGCAGACGGAAUCUGACACGUUACAGUCGAAAUUUCAGAGAACUAAGGAGCUACUAGAGGCGGAGAGACUGCAACGUUGCAAGAAUCUCGCGGAGAAGGUUCAUCGGACCUGCCAAACUGGAGAAACUGAGAUAACAACUUUCGAUAAGAGAUGCGUUCGGGAAGAGAUCGAUAAAGAAUCCGUCUCGUGUCGUCCACACAAUGCACGGAUCAAGAGUAAACACGAUCUGGAGGAGUCUUCUACGGAUGGAACGUUAUUGAGGGAACUGUUCUUCAGGAAACCGAGCGUCGAAGAAAGCGGUACCUUGGACAUCAUUCCAGUUCUAUCGGAACCCUGUCUACAAAUGAAACCUUCCAACUCCGUUUUCUUCGUUUAA